UUUCUGUUUCAAUCGUUUAUAUCGCUCCUCGUAUGUAUUGAUCUUCUUGUAGAUAUCCUCUCAUCGCGACUUCUGCUAGUGUCACGAGCCGCUCGCACAGCUGUGUUACCCGAUCAGAGCUUCGAGUCCCAUGCCAGUGUAUUUACCGUUGCGAUUUGCUUAUUCGUAAGUGUGUUCGUCCGUUGAGUUGAGAAUUUCGCGAUGUUUCCGGAAACCAGAAGGGGUCGCAAAGCACACAGGGAUCCACUUGAACGUGGGACUAGGCGAACGCUCACUGAUGUUUCUUUCGUGCGUCGCAUCGAGGUAGAGGAUGAGGGCAGCGAGAUUCACUCUGUGUGCCCGGAAUGCUCUCCAGGACUUCGGGUUGACUAUUCUUUACCGAGGAACCUGCCAUACGGAUGUGACGUGUUCAUUCCCACCUCUGCCGCAAACGUCCGGGUGAGGGCCGUUGCCCUUGGCCGCUCACACCACCGCUUUCGACGCAGCAGAUCAGCAGAAAGUACCCCGGCAUGUAACAAGGAAUCUUCAUGUAGUCACAGUAUUUUGUGUCAGGCUUCGGAUUUGCCUUUCGUUUGCUCCCGCUCAAGUCUCUUCAUGAACUACAUCUGGAAUUUUUCUGCUUUGCCAUCGCCAGCGACAAGGUCACAACGCAGCGCUUUGGGAUGCUUUGAGGCUUUCGGCACUCCUUCCUCGUCACAACGGAAUGUCGAUACUCCUCUCUGCCUCCUCGAUACAAUCCAUGAUGCCAUUGUUGCUGGUGUGGAGUUAAUGCAUGAGGGUCCGACAGCAAAAAUGGAACGAAAGCUCUUCGGUGCCUCAGGUUUUGAGAGCGGUUGUAAAACAUCACAGGCUUGUGUUCAAAUCGCCCUAGGGCCGUGUCAAGAAGCAUUUGCGGGUGCUGUGGACUGCGAAGACCUGGUCACAAUCAAGAAUAUACAGCCGGAGACAAACACAAAGCUCGACUCGGCUCCCUCUGGCAUAGAGGUUUCAGACGAAGAAAGCUGCUUGCUGGACGACAGUUUUUCCUUGGCAACAUUUGGCUGGGACACCGACCACUUCGCGAGCGAGGACUCCCACACGUUCACAGAAGACGUGUCAGCUGAUAAUCUACUUUUCUGUGGGGAAAGCCAUGCUUUUAGGGUUGUGCCAAGGGAGGCUCAAGCCGCAAUUAACUUGCAAUCAGCGACGGUAUGCGCAGAGCAAAGGCGUUCCCCGAAGACAAGCAGAAGCUUGCUACAGGCAUGUCCGCUCCUCACAUUCUCAUCACUCGAUUUGUCACCGUCACCGACGGUAGGCCCAGCCGCAAGAAAGUGCUUCUGUCGAGCUUUCAAUAUAGCCCAGGGGCUCCAUGGGCUUUGCCAUGAAGAAGUUUCACCACAAGGGAAAUGCAGUGGCACACAUUGCGGUGCCUUGCUUUGUGACAGAGCUAGUGUCGUGGAGGGAGCGAUGGGGAUUUCUGGAGCCUUCUCGCACUAAUCUGCUGUUGUUCUUCUGCAACGAAAAAGCCAGAGAGACAGGAAGAGGAAUUCCCUGCUACAAGGUCUCCACACGGAUUGAGGAGUCACUGCAACUUGUCACAAAUCACUUGCGCGAAGAUUUUUGUCAAGGCAUAACGCAAGCCUCGCGAAGUGUAUGUAGGCGAUUUCGGCAACCAGGGAACGGCUUUCAGUAAAACCUUGAACAGGGACGUUAUCGCUUAACCGUGCCUACCUCAGUUAUUCGAACACCACGUUUCAACUGACAAUGAUGACUUGAGGUUUUUCGCUCC